AUGGGAAGAUCAAAAAUCAAAAUGGAACUUAUUGAAGAUCACAAGAAGAGGAAGUCUACUUUGGUAAAUCGAAAAGCUGGCUUAGUCAAGAAAAUCUCACAACUCUCAAUACUUUGUGACAUCAAAGCAAGCAUGAUCAUAUCUGAAGGAAAUUAUAAUUAUCAAAUUUGGCCAAAUGAUUCAAAUGACGUUCAAGAGCUAAUAAAUCUCUACAAAAAUCAGUCACAGGAUGGGCGGACUAAGAGGGGUAAGACCUUGUCCAACUUCUUCAAAAAUGAUGAAAAGAAAAACAAUGAGUUCAAAGUAGAAAAGUAUCCUACUUGGGAUUCAAGAUUUGGCUAUUUAUCUCAAAAAGAAUUACAAAAUCUUGUUGAUGUUGUAGAGAAAAGGAUUGAGAAGGCAAAGGGAAAAAUCGAAUCGUUGAAGAGCAUGAAUGAUCAAGAUCCAAAUAUUGGAAGUUCCUCGUUUUCUCAUCAACAACAAAUAUGGGACAACAACAACUUGAUGAACCAAACUACUCAAUGGCCUUUUUCUUAUGUGAAUCCUUUUACUCACCACGAUAACUUCUUUCAAGCAAAUAUUCCAAUUAGUGGUGCAAAUUCAAUGGGCGCAGGAGUGGAUAAUGGACUUCUUACUAUCGAUGAUUAUCAAUUUAACAACACAGAUUAUUCUACGAUGAUUGAGACAGAAAAUUGUUUGGUGAAUAAUGGAAUGGGUUCAAGUUCAAUACUGCAUCCUAUGAUGAAUAAUGGAAUUGAUUCAAGUUCAACAAUGGAGUACCCUUUCAUAUACAAUGGCUAUACUCAUAUGCCUUGUGGAUUUCAGUAA